UUGUAUUGUCGUAGGGUUUAUUUUAACCUCAACUUAUUACUUUGCAUUUUCUAGAAAAGUUGUUUUAAAAUAUUCAACAUGACGCGUGUGGCUGUUGUAACCGGAGGAAAUAAAGGCAUUGGUUUUGCUAUUGUAAAAGGUCUUUGUAAACAAUUUGAUGGAAUUGUAUAUUUAACGGCUCGUGAUGUUACCCGAGGAACGAAUGCUGUUAAACAGCUGGAAGAACAAGGUUUAACACCAAAGUUUCAUCAACUUGAUGUCACUGAUGAAAAUAGCAUUUCCACUUUCCGCGACUAUUUACAGAAAACCCAUGAAGGCCUUGAUCUAUUAGUUAACAAUGCUGCUAUUGCAUUUAAAACAGAUGCUAAAGAUCCAUUUUCUGUGCAAGCACAAGAGACAGUGAAGAUAAAUUACUCCAGUUUGAGAAAAGUAUGUAGCUUACUUUAUCCACUACUGAAACCACAUGCACGUGUAGUACAUGUAUCAAGUUCUUCUGGUCGUUUGUCAUUGAUUCCUGGUGAAUCAUUGAGAAAGAGAUUUUCUGAUCCAAACCUUACAGAAGAAGAAUUGGACAGUAUCAUGAAAGAAUUUGUUGAUACUGCUAAGGCAAAUACACAUUUGGACAAAGGGUGGCCAAGUUCUGCCUAUGUUGUAAGUAAAGUGGGAGUAUCUGCACUAGCUAGGAUUCAUCAGAGGAUGUUUGACUCAGAUUCACGUGCAGAUCUUGUAGUAAAUUCUGUACAUCCUGGCUAUGUAGACACUGAUAUGACUAGUCAUAAAGGUCCUUUGACACCAGAUCAAGGUGCUGAAGCACCUCUCUUCUGUGCAUUACUACCAGAAAACACAGAUAUAAAAGGUAAAUACAUCUGGUUCGACAAGUCACUGGUGGAAUGGACAAAGGAUGCAUAAAUGUACAGAAAAAUCAUCUAAUUUGAUAUAUUUUAUGUUUUUACAAUAAAUGA